AUGGAGCGUAAAACUCCAAUUCCUCAGUUAUUUCCUUAUAUGCGUAAGAACCAUAGUAUAAGGGUGGACAUUCUAUCUCGCCAGGCAUUUGUCUCUCCGAUAUUCAAAAAACCGCCAAUCCAGCAUAUUUCUAAGAAGAUUGUCAAAAUUUAUGACCCAUCGAGCAAGAAUGAUGGAUCUGAGGAGACCGUACUGCCAGAAUCAGAAAUUUAUGACAAGUACAAGACGAUUUUUAAUACCAUUUCGCCAGAAUUAGUUUUAAAUGCAAAACUAUCCACAAAGGACUUGCACGGAUCUUCCACAGACGAUAGGAUAACUAAGAAAAGAAAGUACAAAGCGGAUGACUAUGACGAGCUUUCGCUGGAAAAGCUCUCGUCAGUUCAGUGGAAGAAUUCACUUGCCCCAAUACUCGGUUGUAUAUCUUCUAUCCCGAGUGCAGAACCAGUGACACUGGAAGACGACAGUCUCUCUGUAAAGGAUGAUUCUAUUACAUCCAAUGGUGAACCCAUUGAUCCAGAUACCGGAGAUUCCGUAGAUGCCUCCACGGAUUUGGUAGAGAACAGCCACCAAGUGGAACUAGAGGGUUUAAGCGAGUCAUUUAUCAGAAACGUUACAUCUAUACUGGUAAACUUCACGGAUGGACUAGAUAAGUGGUAUUUAAAGGUCCAUGACGCCCUGUCUAGAGUAGGUUCCAGGAGGCUUUUGAUAGAAGAAGCCAAGUGUUUGCUGGAAGAAUUUACACUACUUUCUUGUGGGAUGGUAAAUGUGCCAAUCCUUACCAAGUUAAAGCAUGAAAUCGCACUUUGUGAAGAGUAUUCUCAGCUGAUUGCAAAAAAGAUUCCAUUUAUACACGAAAAUGUCGCACAAGUGGAGCCCAUAGAGAUGGAGGUUGUGGAGUAUUUACUCAAGGAAGGGAAUGAACGUUUGUUUUUUGUAAAGGAAUAUUUGUACCUGCAAAAGGUAUUCUCGGAUGCAUCAAAUUUACACCAUUUAUUGGAUGAGGCUGUCCUAGAGUCUAAUUUAGGUAAGUCCAUGUCGCUAAUUGAGGAAUGUGAUGGGUCUGUAAUUAAGAUACCAAACCUAGAAAAGCUCAAGAGUCAUGUGUUACAUUCCCUGUGGCUUAGUGACGCCCACCGAUUUUCUCAAAAACCCGUCAACUAUUCACUUGUUGGUGAUUUGCUCAACAAGACUCCAUCUGAUCUACUUGAUCACCCUCUGUACUCUAGACUUUCCAAGAAAUAUCAGUCAGCCGUAGAUUGGCUAAAGAGGGUAAAUCUGCCUAAAUUUUACAAUAUUAUACAUUCUGACGAUAAAAUAAAGGAUAAAGAUAAAGAUACAACACAACCAGAGCCCUGUGCAACUGAAAAUCGCAAAUGUACACCAGAAGAUCUGGAGACUAUCUACAAUGAAUAUCAAAAUGUUGAUCUUGUGGUUCCACUUUUUAAAACACUUGAACAUGUCUACUAUAUGUGGCGCAGAUUCCAAAGACGUUUUAAACGGGUUGAUUCACUCAUUUCACAAGAUAAUGGCCAGAAUUGUACAACGGAAUGUCUGCUACUUUUGCAGCAUGGUGAACCACUCACAAAGUAUUUGGAUCUUUGCCACGUCCUAGAACCUAUUAAAAAGGAUGUAGAGGAAAGCUUAGACUAUGAAAAGGAGUGUCGUAGAGUUAUAAAUCAUUUUAAUUCAUGGGAAACGACCGCAGACUCUUUUAAAUUCAAGACUGAUUGGGGAAGUUUGAUUAAUUUUAGGAAAACUGCGCGCGUUUCAUUUAAAGAUAUACUUGAUACCCUGAACCUGGUCCAUCUUUACAACUCGAUACCAGACGUUAAAUACUCUUCAACUGUCGAGGAUUUUAUAAAUGGCGAUUCUGAGAAACCCUCUGACACUGCACAAGUCCCAGAGACUGAGAGUGCUGAGGUGGAGGAAAAGACAGAAUUUUCUGGACCAACAGAAACUCCAAUGAUGGAGAAAAUCAACUUUUCUGACGUCCGUAAUUUAGUUACAAGGUUUGAGUCUCUAAAAGUAAAGAAUUGGCAGCUUCAUAGACAAAUCAAGGACAUUUAUGAAAUUGGAAUGGAGCUGAUAAACAGGGCUACAGAGGUCAUUGAUGGUAUAUCAAAGGGUUACAAGAGCGACUCCGUUAUAUCAAAUUUGAUCCUAGUCGCGCUAGACACGCUAAAGUUUGGGGCAAUGUUGGAUACGCAAGAUUCCAUUGCCUACACCCUGAGAUAUUGCCUAUGGAUUAAAAAACUGUAUAGUUUAGUGCACAAGUUGAAUGGUUUAUUUGAUGAAAAUGUGCACUCUGACGUUUGUAAAAAAUACUGCAAGAUGUUUGUAAAUCUAGGCAAAGAUCCAGAUUUGGUCAGCUUUGGUCAUCUGCUUGAUCGCGAGAAUAUGAUUGGGUCAUAUUUGAGUAUUAUGACGGAGGAUUCUAGACGAUCGAACGGGUCUAGCGAAGAAAAGUCUGAAGAUACACUACCAGAGUCUGUGGAUAGGGACGACUAUAGCGCUCCAAGCAUCAGCGUCGACGAGUCUGUAGCGAUUUCCGAGUGUAUGAACGAUGAAGAAUCCUCUCUCCAAGUGGAAAUUCCAACUCUCCUGCAACGGAUAAACUCACUCACGGAGUCAUCGUUUGUACAAUACACAACCGAGUUAAUUUAA